CAGCCCGAGCCAGCCACCAUGUCCUGCCACCGCCUGUCCAGUCGUGCUCUGCAGGAAUUUGUCAACACCUUUCGACUGACCAGGGACCUGACAGUGGGACCCUCAACUGCCAAGAUCUUCUACACUGCCAGGAACUACCUAGUUGGAAAGAUUCCGGGUGAGAUGGUGUUUGCUGUGGACAAGUGGCCGAACUACACAGCCGUCAUGUGUGCAUCGGGGGAGGGAACGUAUAAGUUUAUGCAGGAUAUCGAGACCUACACGUUCUACUGGGAGAAUAAGGACGGUCUUCUAAAACUCCUCCGUGAUGACAAGCUGGUAGACUGGGGCAAGAACUUCACCAUUGCAGCAUUUGCUGAGAAAGGCCUCCCAGUCCUGAACCAUGUGUGCAGUGAGAUGGGGAAGCCGGUGCCACAACAGGAUGAUCUGCUUCAACUUUACACCGGCUUCCUUCCCAACGUCUUGCCUGCAACUAACAGGUUGCCCGAUUGUUCCGUGACUUUGGGACGACUUGGUCCAGAGCACGCAGAGCUUGUGAAUCGUACUUGGAAGUGGGGAGGACCGCCCGAGGUGCUGGAGUUCAUCCGAUACGUGCUAGCAACUUUUCCCUCCACAUGUGUGUACAACAAGCAGGGGGAACCCCUGGCGUACACAGCGCAGCAGCCAUGGGGGGAGUGCGGGAUGAGUAAGGCACUGGUGCCUGGUCGGUACGGCACUUUUGUCGCGAAGAGCCUGAUCAACGAGGUUCUGAAGACAGUAGAUCUACCGUACUGCUUCGUAGAGCCAAGCAAUGAAAAGGCGAGGAAAAUAAUGGAUCAAGAGUUGGACCCGAAAUGGGACCCUUCCGGAAGUUGCUUCUAUGUAAGUCUGUAA